CGGCUCGGAACACUAGGUCGGUCCACUCUGUGAGUGAGCUGAUGAAAAAGCGAAACAGAGGAAAAAAAAUCGAAAAGGUGAAUUGCUGAAAACUGGUCAACAGACUUUGGCUAUAGUUUUAUUCGUAAACAGACAUCGGACAUCGCGGUAGUGAUUUUGUGUAGAGCGCGCGCGCGUUUUCAGCAGGACUGCUACGACCAUUUACGCCCGCCCGCGUCAUCGUUGCCCGCGUCAAUCGCUAUAGAAGUGGUCUUAGUAGGCUUAGUAGCAACCGCAGCCUACUGCCAUUCGGUCCUAAACUCGGCAGCUACACUCCAUUAGUGAUCCACAAAUCAAACCGUCGCGGCGUGUUCAGCAAGCUGUAUAACCGGAACGGUAGAGCAUCGCAGGAAGCUCAACCCUAAUUGGAGUAGUGUGACAAUCAUCCUAAUUGUAGGGAUGAAACAACUAUCAGGAAUCAUCCUGUGCCUGGGAUUGGCUGCGCUCUGCGAUGCAGCGGCCGUCCCACAAUGCCCCGAGCCAUACGGCGAGCAGGCCUACCUGCACCCGGAUCAUUGUGACCAGUUCUUCCUCUGCACGAACGGAACCCUGACUCUGGAAACGUGUGAGAAUGGUCUGCUGUUCGAUGGAAAGGGUGCCGUCCACAACCACUGCAACUACAACUGGGCCGUCGAUUGCGGCAACCGCAAGUUCGUCACCGACCAAACCCCCCUCUCCACUCCCGGUUGCGAAUAUCUGUUCGGAAUCUACCCGGACAGCCACUCGUGCUCCACCACCUACAACAAGUGUGCCUACGGUGAACCACACCCGGAACACUGUGAUGCCGGUCUGGUGUACGACCACCGAAUUCACGGAUGCCAGUGGCCUGAUAUGAUGCUAGAAACCUGCAACCCAGAAGCCGUCGUCGGAUUCAAGUGCCCAGAUUCAGUCCCGUCCAACUCCAUCAACCACCGAUUCUGGCCAUACCCAAGAUUCGCGGUGCCCGGAGAUUGCCACCGUCUGAUCACCUGCGUUGAUGGACACCCACGUUUGAUCACCUGCGGGGACGGAAAGGUCUUCAAUGAGGAAUCGCUCACUUGUGAAGACCCGGAAGAUGCUCCUUAUGCUUGCCGUCAUUAAUUUUACACUCUCAUGUUAUUACUUUAGCUCUCAUUCUUUGAAAAGUCCUCCAGAUAUUUAUUGAUGUUGUAAAAAGUAAAGUUUAUUGCCUUCAUUUCCAUUCAUUCUGUACUCUUGUUCAACUCCGUUUAUAUGAAUUUCCAGUCAUUGUAUAGACGUAUUACCACUACAAAAGUUCCAUUAUCGUUCUCAGUGAAUGAAAACUAUUUACUUGAAUUGAAAAAUAAAGCACAAAUUUUAAACAACAA